CUUUGCAGGACGCAGCGAAUGCUUGGCUCUGGGGCGGGAGGCUAAAGGAUGGUCCAUCACAGACCAGUUACCCUAACGACUUGCCCGUCAGAAACAGCCUCGUCACCCACCUUUGCUCACCGUGCAGCACGCACACAUUCGCAUACUAGAGAAGAACUACCAGGCGCGUUUUAUGCUUUUGUGAAGGGAGACUGUGUGGUUAUGCGCGCUUCGUAUCUCGACUGCUCGGUGUUCCAGCACCGCGCCCGGAUGGAAAUGUGUCUUCCGGGGAGAAGCUGCUUUCAGCCAACGAGACACCGAGCACAACACGCGACGCAGCCCGGACAUCUGCAGUUUUCCUCAGCAGCCUGUCCAAAAACGCACGCGGUUUGAGGCGCACACAUCUAUGGCCAAACGACACAACCUGCGUCUCAGCGGAGGGUUUAAGGGCUGUAGGACAUCAGCAAGAGCCGAAAAUCCAGAUUUUGCUAAUUCAUUCUGAUAUUUGUGCCGUCAUUCAUGGAUGUGCACGCAGAGGCUGGUCCGCCGCACGUGCAGAGGGUGGAUGAGCCACCGGGAGGCGCCACGGUCACUGUUACCGAGCAGUUUCAGGUCCGGUCGGUACCGGGGUGUGACGGCGAGGAUGACCCGCAGUCGAGCGCCGUCGGAGCUCAAACACCUGCAGCGGUUGAUCCGAUCGCAGAGAUCGAGAGCGAGGAUGGUGCGCGCGCAGAGGUGCACGGAGCGGCCGGUCAGGAUGCGGGGAAUAGAGCGGGGAAAACGGAAACCGUGGGCUCCAGCUGCAGCAACGAGAGCUGCGUUCCGACACCAGGCUGUCGGAUCUGCUUUCAAGGAGCCGAGCAGGGGGAGCUGCUGAGCCCGUGUAGGUGUGCUGGUACCGUUCGGCAUGCCCAUCAGCACUGUCUGCUCAAGUGGAUCAGUGAGAAGGGUUCUUGGAGCUGUGAACUUUGCAACUACAGAUUCAACAUCCUGCCUAUACAUAUCAAACCACCACAACAGUGGCAGUCUGUGACUAUGACGCUGGUGGAAAAGGUUCAGGUCAUUGCAGUGUUUCUUGGUGGCAUCUUCUUGUUGGCUAGCGUGUCAUGGCUGCUGUGGUCAGCACUGAGCCCGCAAGCGUUAUGGCAACGCAGUGACAUCUUGUUUCAAAUAUGCUACGGCAUGUAUGCCGUCAUGGACCUAGUAUGCAUCGGUCUGAUUGUUCAUGAAGGUGGUGCUGUCUACAACGUGCUGAUGCGUUGGCGAGCGGUCAAUCUUCUCUGGGACGUUCAGAACUACGAUAAAAGCCGCGACCUGGACAACACGCACGGCCCACAUCGCAACCUGUGGCUGCCUCUCACGAACACGCACACAGUCGCGCACCCGCACACCACCCGACUGGAGUCGUCGCCUCGAUGCCCCCUUCAUAUCUUCUCCAUGUGCCUGAACGUGACCUCUGACCUCUCCCCCCAGGAGCAAGGCUCAGGCGAGCUUGUUGUUAGGGUCACGUCAGUCUGACCUCAAAGAAACUCAUUCAGGGACCAAUCCACUCUCCUUGCACUGCCCUGAGGUGGGCGUGGCUAGCAGAUGGGAGGAGCCUCGGUGUUGGGAGGAGCCUUACUUGAAAAGCACUUUAGAAGAUGCACAA